UUAUGCUAGUUGUUGCUGUCACUGGGUAACGUCAAAACAUGUCAAACGAGUGGAAACGUCAGAUGAUUUCACCGCGAGCGAAACGAUUCACGCUAGUGAGAAGCGUCGUUACAGUAAUCAGUCGGCAUUUAUUCUGUCUUUAUCGAAUAUAAAGCUUAUUGCUGCUUGAAAUGUGUCCGCCGUAUGAGAUUUAAUCGCAUUUAAAUCAAAUACAAUUUGAAAACGAGGUGCUAAAAAUAAGUCAAUAACAAUAGAUCGCAAAAUACCAAGUGUGCACUCAUCUCAUUAUGGUGAGAAUAACUCAUUCAGUGGUCACUAUUGAUGCGCGCAAAAUAUUUGUAUAGAAAUUGAUUUUUUUUUGAACAGCUGAUUUUUUUCGAGAACAAGUUGGGAUAUGUUACUGCGAAGUUUGGGAUAAGAUUAUAUAAUAAUCUUUAUGUUGUUAUUUUGAUACAAUUUUUGCCAUACGAUGAAAUGGAAUAAUCAGGUGUAAAUACAGCCGUAAUCGUAAACCGGUUUUCGAUAGAAAGUGACACAUGAUUCAAUUUGUUCGAGGUAAAACUGUGGCUAGAGAAGAUCAUUCGGUCAGUUGAAUAUUUUGUUUAGUCCAGAAGGUUGUAUCAGAAGAAGAGCUCGAAACGUGUUUCUUGCAGUGAUGAUGCGUUCAUCUUUUUUUAAAUGCAUUUCCUGUAUCGUUAGUUUGGUUUUAACUAACGUGCACACAACCGGAGCUAUUCCGAUGGUGAAGUCCGGCCCCGGAAUAGAAAUUAUGCCGGCAGAAUUUUCACAGGAUGGAAACCUUAACUACGUCGUUGUUGAUGGAAAUAAUAAUGCAAAAACUCCUACCGUGACUCCUACCGUUAGUCAGCCUCCGGUACAGACGCAGCAGCAGUAUCAAUAUGUGCAACCUCAGCCACAGAAGCCGGUACGCCAACAAUCCCCCCAAAUCCAGUAUCAACAACCAGACACGCAACAACCGCAGUAUCAGCCGUACUAUGAAACACCGUACCAACGGCCCCAAUACGCACAACCCGUGGAAUAUCCGGCUCAACCCCCGUAUUACGGUGAACCAUCAUCAGCUUACUCACCUUACUAUCCAAGCACCGGUCCUGUUGGAGAAAGAGUUGGAUUUUCGGAUGGCUUUUCACGCCCGACCAGUUCGCGAUAUUCUCCGCUUGGUGCUAUCGGUUCGAUCGGCUCUUCGCUACCGUCAACUUUAUCUGCCGGAGCGUCAUUACUUGGUGCUGCUUUACUAUUCGGAUAAAUAGCAAAGCGUAUCGGUGUAAAUACAAAUGUUAAAUAAGAGAUUAACAAAUAUAGAAAGAAGAACGCACAA